AUGUCACUGCACGCGCACCAAGUGCACCGGCACGGAUGUCAACGGCACAAUUCUACGAGCCCUCCUUCUGGAGGAGCCAGAAGAUCACCAGGCAGGGAGCCGACACAGGGAGCCGCAGUCCGACACUCCGCGAGGCAAAGGCCACAAUUCGCUGCCCCCCGCGUCAGAGCGUGCCACACCCCGGGGGCCAACUCCCCCCCGUUGUAUCGAGAAACCCCACUGCUGCUCAGCGACCCGCUUUCUCGGGUGGUCGGGCGUCCCGUUUACCUUAAAAUGGAGAACAUGCAACCAUCGGGGUCUUUCAAAUCGCGGGGCCUGGGACACUUCUGCGAGAAGGCUCGCUCAAGGGGUUGCGACCACCUGGUGAUAUCCUCCGGCGGGAACGCCGGCCAGGCCGUCGCCCACAGCGGCAGAGUCCUGGGCAUCCGCGUCACCGUCGUCGUCCCUUCGACCACCCCCGCCUUCAUGAUCCGUCGAAUCGAAGACGAAGGUGCAGACGUGGUGGUGCACGGUGACGUCUGGGACGAGGCUGACGCGCUGGCGCGGGAGCUGGCCGGGCGGCACGGCAGAGAGCACGUGCCCCCGUUCGAUCACCCCGACAUAUGGGAGGGCCACGCCUCCAUGAUCGACGAAAUUAAGCACCAGUUGACGGGCAGUCCGGAAGGAAACGGUGUUCCGUCAACUCCUGGCGCGGUCGUCGCCAGCGUCGGGGGUGGGGGUCUCCUGGUGGGUUGCUGCGUGGGCAUGCAAAGGGCGGGGUGGAACGAUGUCCCCAUUGUGGCCGUGGAGACAGAGGGCGCCGCGAGCUUUGCUGCUGCGGUGAAGAGCGGCCGCGUGGUGUCGGUGCCGGAGAUCAGCAGCGUGGCCAAGAGUCUGGGCGCCAGGAGGGUGUCCGAGGAGUGCCUGGUAUGGAGGCGGAGGCGGGAGAUCCUGCCGUUCGUGAUGAGCGACGCGCAGGCGGUGGAGGCGUGCUUCAGGUUCGCCGUGGACCACCGGGCCCUUGUGGAGCCCGCCUGCGGCGCCAGCCUCGGCGCGGCGUACUUCAGGGGCGACGACCUGCCCGGCGGGGGCGAGGAGCCGGUCGUCGUGGUCGUGUGCGGAGGGAACAUGGCGACGCCGAACCUGCUGCGACAGUGGGCAGUGCAGACCCGUGCCGUGCAGCACGACGUCUUGGGCGUCGAGUAG